ACUGACUCGCAAUUUCAAUGCCCAGACUUAUUGUGUAUGUCCAAUCCAAUAUGUGUACUUAGUGUAAUCGUAUGACCAGAAAUAUAAUUCCCGAAAAAAAUACUAGUGAAAGUGCAAAUUUUCUAGAUAUAUUCUUUAGAUAAAGUAUAUAUAAAAAAAAGCAAUAAUAUUAAGGUACAUAGAGAACAGGCACGUACGUUCAACCAUUUUCGAUCGGGAUACUUAUCGAACGAAUAUGUAAACUGUUAAAAGCUCGCUGUACAAACUGUGGAAAUUUUCAACAUCAUCCGUUGCACCUGGAACAAUUGAAAAAUAAGGGACAUACUAACCAAUCCAAGAGUUCACUAUCCGAGUAACGCGCGUGUUAUCACACGAUUGUGAGAAGAGAAGAAAAAAAAAAGCCAAAAGCAGAUUACAUUCGGUUCUGUGACAGUGAGUGAAACAUCGAACAAUCGAUUGUUGACAAUAGAAAGUUCAAUUUUGUGGUAAUUUCAUCAAGAACGAGCUGGAACUCCCGAUGCGAUAGAACUACGAAUGGCGGUAUCGUUGCUGGCAAACCUAUGCAAUAGUGGCUUCGAGCAGCUCUGCCAGACACCUGAGCCGUUGAAAUUUUACUAUCACAACAGCGACCAACUCCCACAGGCCAACAUUGGCCCUGAACCCAUCGACGAAGAAGAACAAAUGGAAUACACUACUUCUUUCUACACCAAUCAGCAGCAGCAACAACAACAGCAGCAGCAGCAGCCGCCGCAACAGCAGCAGUCGAAUCAGCAGCAGAACCAACAACAUUUUGAGGAGAUUUCAGAGAACUACAAUCUUGAAAACGACGACACAUACAGUGGAUCGCCAAGCAAUCUUCAGGACUAUCGCAACACAUUCGUAGAUUCGCCGCCGGAUUCCAAAGAGGCCUGGCCUGCUGAGUACGACAAGAUGCAAUCAGAGUUAACCGCUAAUAGCGGUGCAACUACUAAUGUUACAACGUCCGUGGUCGUAGUGGCGGCAGCAGCAGCCGCAGCGGCGGCCGCCGCACAGCAAGACAUCACAUUUAGUGCUGGCAUACCGACGCGCAAGCGACGCAUUGAGUGGACUGCUACUAACCAGGAGGACGAUAAUGACAGUUCCGAGCCGAAGAUUGCCGCUACCGAGAAAGAACGCACCGAUGCUAGACGUAAAGGUGCAAUUCGCUGGCCUGAAGAGCUGGAUCUCGAUCUAAGCAAUGAAUUGUCUGGUAAUGGAUAUAUGAGUGAUUCAUUGUUGACUUUCCCGGUGUUCAAACAAGAAUUGCCAUCACCACCACAAAAAAUUGCAAACGAAGUUAUAAAAAUUUCGAAAAUAUCUGCGGCUUCAAGCUCACUUAAUCAACAACAACAGCAGGAGCAUCAACAACAACAGCAGCAGCAUCAUAGUCACCAGCAUCACCAACAGUUACAGAAUCAGGAUCAACAACAACAACAGCAGCAGCAGCAGCAACAGCAGCAACAACAACAAAACCAGGCUGGGCAACAGCAGCAAAGCAUAGGUAACAGUGGCAAUACCAAUGGCGUUCAACAGCAGUCUCCUGUCAGUAACGAACAGUCGCUCGUGGGGGGUAUUGUCGGUGGGGUACAUGGCCCCAUGAGCAAUAUGGGAGGAUUACAAAACUUUAUGCACAGUAAUCGUUACGAUAGCACAGGAAAUCUCAAUAAAUCUUGUGACAACACGCAGCGUUUUGAGAAGGCUCAUGAUGAUAACAGGUUCCAAUACGUACUAGGAGCAGCUACGUCUAUUGCCACAAAGAACAAUGAAGAAUCUCUAACCUAUUUAAACCAAGGUCAGAGUUACGAAAUCAAACUGAAGAAAUUGGGUGAUCUGUCACCCUACCGGGGGAAGAUACUAAAAAGUAUUAUAAAAAUUUGCUUCCACGAACGACGUCUGCAGUAUAUGGAACGUGAACAAAUGCAGCUUUGGCAAGCCUCUCGGCCAGGUGAAAGGAUUUUAGACGUUGAUAUCCCCCUUUCUUAUGGAUUGAUUCAGGUGCAACCGAAUAGUAGCAGUCUGUUAAACACGAUGGAGGUAUACUGGGACCCCAUGAAGGAGGUCGGUGUGUAUGUCAAAGUGAAUUGUAUUUCGACCGAAUUUACGCCAAAAAAGCAUGGCGGCGAAAAAGGCGUCCCGUUCCGGAUCCAGGUUGAAACCUAUCUGGACAGUGCGUUAAACGAUACUUGUACAAAAUCCAGCGGAUUGGACAGUACGGUUAAGCCAUUGCAUGCUGCCGCAUGUCAAAUUAAGGUUUUCAAAUUGAAAGGAGCUGAUCGUAAGCACAAACAGGAUCGUGAAAAGAUCCUUAAACGACCACCUGCUGAGCAGGAAAAAUUCCAGCGUAGCUGCGAAUGCACAAUUCUUACUGAUAUAACAACAGAGUCGAUGCUGACACCGCUCGUUGGCAACUACAGCCCUGAACAUAUUAAGCGAAACAUAUCACCGCUUCUUAUUGCACCAACCUCGCCGGUGCAAAUGAAUAAACUGGAGAAUAUUAUGUCAUCCUUCUGCAAUGGACCGGUAACCCCAACCACCAAAACUGCCGCUAUGGCUGCGGUAGUUGCCGCCGUGAGCAGUAAUCCUAUCGCUAUCAGCAAUGUGUCCUCCACGAACAGUAUCUGUAAAAUGAUGGACCAGAAUGUGCUGUCUCCGCCUCAGGUUACUGUCGAGAUGGACGAUUAUGAGCCUCAAAUUACGAAGGAGUCAAGUCCUUCGGUAUUGAACCAAUGGUUGAACUAUCACCGUUUGAGUUCUUAUGCGAAGACCUUUUCGCAGUUUUCAGGAUCAGAUUUGUUAAGAAUGUCUAAGGAUGAUUUGUGCAAAAUUUGUGGUUUGGCGGAUGGCAUACGUAUGUUCAAUAUACUUCAUUCAAAAGCUAUUACACCGCGAUUGACAAUUUAUGUAUCCUUGGACAACAGCAUGUAUCACGCCAUCUAUCUUCACGCCAAUACGAUUCCGGAAUUGAUGUACAAUCUGCAAAAGAUUCCCGGCUUCAUGGAGGCUAUUCAUGGAUCCAGCGCUUUAGAGAGUGGCGUCCUGUGGUCAGGAAAUUAUCAACGUUCGCUGAAGAAUGCUGGCUCGACAGGGAACAAGUACUCCAAUGUUAGCACCAGUGAAGCACACGUAUCAGUUCCAUCCCCGUCAUCACCCAUUUCAUCGUCAUCGGUAUCUCCACGUAUGAAUUUGCUCGUCAACGGUCCGAACGGCAUACAUGUGCUAAUGACGGAGGACGUUCUGAGUAAUAUCAGGGAUGACAGUUUGUUCCAGAUCGAGAUUAAAUCAAACGGGAAUGUAUUGAUGAAAGCGGUUGCACCCACCUGUAGUGCAAGUGGGGCCUCUAGCCGUGGGGAAAAUGAUAUGAAUUAAAAAUGUCAACAUUUUUGUCGCGUGAGAGCGACACAAAUCAUAUGAAUUUUUAUCCGUUGUCUUGCAGAUGAUUUUUAGUGUCGAAUUUUUGUUACUUACUGUUGCAGAUAAUUGUUCUGAAUGUUUGGUGUUGGAUGUACGUUAAUUUGAAUAGGAAAGAAAUUCAUUCGAUGGAUCUGUUGUCGAAUAGUGCAGAUGUUGCUAUUAUUUGUUCAAGGUGAAUAACUUCCAUAGCCAUCUCUUUUCAAUAUUUUCACUUUUCAUGUAGAAAAAAUUAUGCAGAUUGUUGAUAAAUGGUUUCAAACAUUGAUAUUAUGCUCUUUAUUGACUUCGGCAAACACUAUAUCAUAACAUUCUGCAUAAUUUCAGUAUUGUUUGGUAACGGUUUUACAGCAUGUCUUAUUUAAUCCAAUUGCCUAAAUUAUCCGAGGCACAACAAUGCUAACAAUCGAAAUGAAAUUGAUAAGAAUUAUUGAAUAGCGAAAACAAGUUUUUCUGAUCGUUUGCGAAAGUCUAAAGAUGUCCUUAUCUGUAGUAGAAAACGUUGGACUGAUGAUCACAAAUCGAAAACAAGAGAUUUCUUGCAAGUACAAAAAAUCUUUUUGAAUUUAAGUAAACUAUGCAAGACUAAAACAUGAUCGCCUCUGAUAAUGUGCCUUAUCGACGAAACAAUUUGUGCAGUUACAAAAUCAUUUCAUUUUGCAAUAAGUGUAAAACAUCAGCAACCUAAAAUUCAAACAAACAAUCUUAUUCACAUACAAUUUACACAACUAUUGCAUAUGGCUGCAUUAAAACAUAGGUCUCCGUGUAAUUUGAUAGAUACGAAUAUAAUAGACACAGUGCUGUAGCCGAGCCAAUCUUGAGUGGCAGCGUGCAAUUUUUAGAACAAAAAUAUAUGUCUUGUAAGCAGAAAAAAUUAUUUCAUAUUAAUAAAUAAAAGAAAUGUGCGAAACCGCAA